AUGUUCAGAUCGCAUACAAGAGGGAAGUUUCAGUUGAGCUUUGUACAGCUGUCCCAGUGCACGUCCCAGUUUCAAAAAUCAUUCGCUUUCAAUGACAAGCCAAGCUGUCUUCAUCGUCAUCCUCUUCCUAUCCGUUUUCGCUGGCUUCCUCCAUGCCUCAAUACUAUCAACCUCCGAAGGAAACGGCACAAUACCUGCAAAUCCAACUACGGAGGCCUCACUAAGGACCAAACGAAAUUGCGUUGGAAGGAAUUGUGGAUGUCGUGGUGGACAAUGUAA